CUCACAACUAAAUAAACACAAAAAAAAUGUCAAAAGAUUCUAAAGCAGACAAGGCAACCCAAGAACAAGAACUUGAACAUGAACAAGUCUCAAUUAAUUUAGAUAUCCUAGGAUAUAUAUUCACUCUUGUUCCACUCAUAGAUCUUGUUUCCACCUUCCAAGUCUCCAAAUCUUGGAAACAAGCUGUUUCUACUUCUCUUCAUCAUUUGAACCCAAUCAAACCAUGGCUUUUCCUCCACUCACAAUCCACCAGGUCUCCUUUCUCCACCACCGCCUACGCUUUCGAUCCCCGCUCCUCCCUUUGGAUCAACGUUCAACAACCACCGUCCACCUCUUCCACCUCGCCACCUCUCCGCUCCUCUCACUCCACCCUCCUUUACACGCUAUCCCCUUCCAAAUUCUCCUUCUCUUUCCACCCUUUUCAUGCAGACUGGAGCGUCGUUGACGCGCCGCUCAUCUGGAGAACAGACCCUACCGUUGCUGUUAUCGGCCACCGCAUCAUUGUCGCCGGCGGUACAUGUGAUUUCGAGGAUGACCCUUUAGCAGUAGAGAUAUAUAACAUGAAUACCAGCACGUGGGAGACGUGCGAAUCCAUGCCUGCCGUCUUCCAACACUCAGCAGCCUCUAUGUGGCUGUCCACAGCAGUCACCACUGAUAAAAUGUACGUCGCGGAUAAAACAACCGCCGUGGCUUACCGGUUCGAUCCUGAAAUCAAAACCUGGUACGGGCCUUAUAAUCUGUGCCCUAACGCAAACAUGCAGAGCUGUUACGUAGGAUUCGCUAACGACCGUCUGAUUUUAAUCGGUCUGAUCGGAGAAGAUGAUGAAACGGUUGAUGAAGUAAAAUUAUUUGAGCUAAACUGUGAAUCAAUGGAGAUAACCAGAGAAAUCGGCGAGAUGCCGAAUUUUCUGGUGGAGAAGAUGAGAGGUGAGGUUUUAAGUUUGUCAUCAAUGGUUGUGAAUGUAAUGGGUGAUUUUGUGUUUGUAAUCAACGGUUCAUAUCCUGAAGAGGUGUUCUUGUGUGAACUUGACGGCCAUGGCGGCGGGUGUAGUUGGAGUAGUGUAAGCAAUGUUGUAGUGAAUGAUGAUAAGUGUAGAUUAAUGGAGAGGUUAGUGUUCACUUGUGCUAAUGUGAGCUUGGGUGAUCUGUAUAAGGCUACCAUGAUUCAGGGCAGACGAUUCACUGUGCUUUGAGAUUUUAGUAAUGAAAUGUUAUUUAACUGAAUAUUGUAUUUUAGUAAUUUAUUAUAAUUUAUACUGUUGUUGUUAUUUUUAUUAUUCGUGAUUUAAAUAAAAACAUUAAAAUUAA